ACCCGCCCAAAUCCCCUGUUCUGUCCUGACGCCGGAGGCCCAGCUCGUCUCCGAGGCGGAAUUCCUGUAGCGGACGCCGCGAUUCCGAUCACCGCCGACGCCGCCGUGCUCGCCGGAGAGCCAUGUCUCGGUCCCUGAGCCUGAACAUGAGGUCGGCCUCGCGCCGCGACCUGCCGCCUCCACAGAAGACAAUCGAAAGAUUUGAGAAGAUGGUGGAAGGGGGAAGUUACUACGAGGCCCAACAAAUGUUCAAAUCUACCAGUGCAAGAUACAUUACUUGCCAAAGGUAUUCGGAAGGCUUGGACAUCCUUCAGUCAGGAGCCACAGUCCAGUUGAAGCAUGGACAGGUAACUUGUGGUGCUGAACUCGCUGUGCUGUUCGUGGACACUCUUGUCAAAGGGCAAUUUCCUUAUAAUGAACAAACUUUUGAUCGUGUCAGAAAGAUAUACGAGGCGUUCCCCAGGAUAAAUAUGCCCCAUUUCCUUGGAGAUGAUUAUGACGAUGAUGGGCAGAAAUUAUCCGAAGCUAUUUCUGCUGCAAAAGUUCGUUCUGAAGGUUGUUCAUCAUUUCUAAGAGCAGCUCUCAGGUGGUCUGCUGAGUUUGGGACAUCAAGAAAUGGAUCUCCUGAUCUGCAUGUUAUGUUGGGUGAAUACAUUUAUUCUGAAUCUCCAGAAACGGACAUGACUAAAGUAGCAAGUCAUUUUGUGCGCGGGAACGAUCCUAAAAAAUUUGCUUCUAUGCUGGUAAACUUUAUGGGCAAGUGCUACCCUGGUGAAGAUGAUACUGCAAUUGCACGCGGUGUCCUAAUGUAUCUAUCACUAGGGAAUCUCAGAGACGCAAAUUUACUUAUGGAUGGGAUGAAGGAGCAGCUAAAGUCUGCUGACUUGGAAUUUCCAAAAACAAAUUUAAUUGAGUUUAUCAAGUAUCUUCUCCAAACGCUUGAAAGAGACGCUUACACUCUUUUUAGGACACUUCGACAAAAAUAUAGGACAAGUACAGAUCGAGACACUGUAUUUGAGGAGUUAUUGGAUGAAAUAGCUGCAAAAUUUUAUGGUGUACGGCAACAGAAUCCUCUGGAAGGACUUUUCGGUGAAAUGUUCAAGGUAUAAUUGCUGAGAAAAUAACUUGAUCCAUUGGCCAGAAUAAUACUUUUGUGGGAGAUCAACAGUGGGUCACCCAGGAAACAAAACGCACAGGAAGUGCUCUAUUGGCGCUUCCCUAGUCAUAGUCAACGGAGUUAGUACAUUUAACAUGAAACUACAUGAAGAUGCACCGCUGAUCUGUUGUAAAAUCAUUCUAUUGGUUUUGAUGUUGUUCUUUUCUUUCCUGCAAGGUUUUGAUGCUUUCCAGCAGUGUAACAGAAUUUCUCUUUUCAGAUUGUUGUAAGAUGAUAAGGCAUUGUGUUAUCUUUUUCUUCUCA